AUGCAACAAGAUCUUUUGCCACAGCAGCUCUCUGAGUCGACACCGCAUGCAGGCGCACUUCAAGAGCUAUACGUGCACCCUGUGCAACAAGGAAAUCACCAGUAA